AUGCGUGGGGCGACUGCGUUGCCCAAAGUAGCUUUUAACAGUAAAUUAUCCCAAACAGGCUCGGCGAUUCCAUUCCCCGCAUUCAACGUCAAUAUUGAUUUGAAGGAACGAGUUCUGCUCGGUGCGUUCAUGAUUACUCUGUGGGUCGCCCCGAUAGCAUUCUCGACUACACAGCUAGGUGUUUGGAAGCCAGAAUUCACAGCGUAG